GUGAGUUGGAGUCCAAGCUGGAAGUGAUUUGAUGCGUUCAGGCUCGCUCAACGUGAGAUGGACGUGAGAUUUUACCCUGCUCCCCCGGCCAAUGUGGGUUCAUGCUCUCUACCCGCUGAUCCAAGUUGCUUGAGCUCGCUGGACUAUUAUCACUCAAACAAGGCCCGGUACAGUGUGGGUGAGCGAGGGGUCAGGCUCCACUCUGCCCCCCCUCCAGGCAUCAGUCCAGCUAGGAAAAGACUGCCCACUGCUGUGUUUGAUGGUGACAACAUGUACAUGAAUGACAAUAACCAAGAGUUUCGGUCACCAAACCAGAGCUAUUCCAGUCAGGGCAGAGGCAGCAAUGGCGGCGGCGGCGGCAGUGGAGGAGCAGGGGAUGAAGACUACGAGAUUCCCCCAAUUACGCCCCCCAACCAUGCUGACCCCUCUCUGCUGCACCUCAUGGAGCACGAGUCGGGGUACCCCUUUCACUCCUUGGCUCACAAUGGCCUGCUCAACACCUACUCCUACCCUGAGCUGCCCGCCCUUAUGAUGUCCAACAUGCUGGGUCAGGAUACCCACCUCCUCUCGGGGCCUAUGCACUCGAUAAGCAACGACAAGCGGUCCUCGGCAGAAAUGAUGAAGCCCAAACCCAAACCGCAAAAGAAGAAGAAGAAGAAGGACCCCAACGAGCCACAGAAACCCGUCUCGGCCUACGCGCUCUUCUUCCGAGACACCCAGGCGGCCAUUAAGGGUCAGAACCCCAACGCCACCUUUGGCGAUGUCUCUAAGAUUGUGGCCUCCAUGUGGGACAGCCUAGGAGAGGAACAGAAGCAGGGUUACAAGAGGAAAACUGAGGCGGCUAAGAAGGAGUACCUGAAAGCCUUGGCGGCGUACAGAGCCAGUCUGGUUUCCAAGACAUAUAAUGAUCCAGAGCCAAAAAGUGCCCAGCAGACAAGCCAGCCCUCCCACCUGCUGCCCCCGAAGCAGCCCCUGUAUAGUCCUCAGCCCUCGUCUCCCUACCUGGGCCCAUCGGGCUCCUUCCCCCUGUCGGACCUCCAGAGCUACGCGGGCCCACCGCGCCACAGCCUGGCCUCCACUCUCAGCCAAUCGCAGAUGCUGCCACCCAGCAUGAGUGCCUCACCCCCUGCUCCCUUCCAGAUCAGCCCACCCCUGCACCCUCAUGCCCAGCUCUCCCUGCACCAGAGCUCCCUGCUCAACCAGCCAAUCCGCAUGCAGCAGUCACAGCCAAUCAUCUCACACCAAAUGGGGCUCCAGGCACCUUUGCAUUCCCCACCUCUCAGCCAACAGGGGUUUUCCCAUAUUCAGGCUGAGUACCAGAACAGUGUGGGGGGCUCACAGUCUCCAGGGGCCCCGAACCCAGUGCAUGGCCAGAACCCAGACUGGGAUAGCGAAUACUGCAACAGGGAUUGUGGACCCAACGCUUGCAGCAGUGGCAUGGGAGCUCGAGACAAGCCUCUCUACCUCACUUGAAGUUGAAAGACCUCCACAUGUGGGACUCCAGGGAGAUUUCCGAUGUAACAUCAUCAAUAUAUCUGCUUCGACACCGUUUUGCUUUGUUCUUCUUCUUCGUCUUCUGCCGGAUUUUGAAAAUCCCAAAGACUGCUCCAGCAUCUUCACCUAUUCGCCAAGCACUUAGAUCGGCCACAUGCCUGAGGCACUUUUCUUUUCUCCUCUCUCUUUAUUCCGCUCUCUUAUCAGUGAACUUUUUUUUUUUUUUUUUUUUUGCGGGGGCAGUGAGCUAUGAGCUCAUGCCAGCAUACUGGAAAGAAAGAAAAAAUAAUCUUGUUUGGUUUUGAAUUUCUUUUCCUUUGCCUCCUCAUCGGUGGAGGUGACAUGCUCUAAGCAUAUUCAAAGAGUAAGGCUCUCCAGUCUAGUUGCCUCAGCGGGGGUGCGUGUACUUCAGGACAUUUCAAGAUAGUCGCAAACACAAGAUGUUUUCAAAACCCAUCUUUGCCCCUAAUGAAGGACUUUCUAAUUUCCUUUAUUUCUCACUGAGAGAUUGUAAAUACCACCAAAAAAGCAGAUCCUUCUUAUGUGUGUAUUUAGCAGCAGCCCCUUGCUGUCUUGAGUUUCUUUUCAAUGGAUUAUGUGGUGAGGGAAUACACACUAAAAAUGUGUUACAAGCAAGAGCUGAGGAGGAGGAGACCCCAAAAAACAACAAACAAAAGCAACAUCUCCAUGGCGAUAGUAGGGAGCGUCGACUCGCGUCACGUGACCUCAGGACGUUGCCGAAGUGCAGAGGUGGAACAUUUCAAACCCUUUUGAUCCUCCCCACCUUCCUUUUGUCCCAACCACUUGUACAGGUGAAUUAAACAAAACAAAAAAACAAAAAAAAAGAAGCUAAAUGUGAAAUGUUAACUAAAGAAAAAAAAAGUGGGGUUUUGAAGUUUUGACUAGUUUUAUUAGAUGUUUUAGAAUUGUGUUGAACUCAUCUUUAUCAUCUUUUGUGAAGAAUUUUUAAAAAAAAAAAUGAUUUUUUGGUUUUCACUGUAGCAGGAUUUGAGAGGAACGGACAUCGGGGUAUAUAAUUCAGUUUUAUGUAUAAAGCCUGCCAAAUGUACUUCUUUACUUUGUCCCGCCAGCUCUCUAGAGACCCAUUUUGUUUUAUCGGUUUCACAAAAUAUCUUUCUAUUUCGUUUGGAUGGAAAAUUUGACCUUGGUUUAAAAAUAAUAAAGACACCAUGUUUUUUUCCAUCAGGGUGCAUUAUUAUUAUUAUUAUUAUUAUUAUUAUUAUAACAUGGGUUAUUCAAAUAUGUUUCCAAAAUCAUUGGUACAAUACCACUGGACCAAUCAAUAUUCGAUUCAUUUUGUCUCACAAAUAUUCCUUUGUUUUCUUUUUUUGUCUGUAAUAAAAUGUCUAAAGUAUUUGGGGCUAUUCUGUUUGUGUCUCUGCAU